AUGAAUUCAUGCUUUUUGCCCCCAAACACGUCGAACUAUGAUGGCCAAGGAUCGCUGGAAUUUGAAAGCCCUUGCGCUUCUAAGCUCUAUGAAACAGUUUGCCAAACGAUCCUUGAUCACUACUCAGCUCAUUCUGAUCACAAGUCUUUUGGCUUUGACUCUUGUGGGUCAUCUCUGAAAGCUGAUACCUCAAGCAGCAAUCAAUUCAACCUUAUAACAGAGCCAAAUAAAUUUUUUGUUCAUGCACUCAUCUUCCACAAGUUAAGGUCCCAGCUUACAUGCUUGAACAAUGGACUGUUCAGCUUCUGCCUCGACGGUAAUUUAUACUAUUAUACACUAGCUCAUGGGCCACAAGACUCCUUGGCUAUUCUGAAGAAUGAGCUACACUCCUAUUUAGAUACGUCUCUACUCACAAAAUGGCUUCAACGUCAGGAUGCAUAUUCACAAAAUUGCAAGCGUUUUGGGUUAAAUGACAAAAAAAAGAAUCUUGAGGUUUACAAUUGCAAUCUACGCAUUGCUUUUCGUCUUAGUACUUUAUGUGACUCCAGUUCCUUCGUUUCUUCAUGGUGUCUCGUCGAUGCAUUAGAUUUGGCGAACAGUUGUUUCGGAGCCCUUUGGCUUGCUAUGCUCAAGCCUUUGGCUGCCUCUACUGUAGGUACCCUCACCCAUAAUCGAGAGUAUAUUCUUGAUUCAGAUAUCGAAAUUGCUACGGAUGGAUCUCCUAACAAAAAAAACUCGAAAGACAUUGUUGCAGAUGAUGCUACUGAUUAUGGAAGACUUCUGGGUGGUUAUCAUCCAGCUACCAAUCUUACGUCAAACGGCCACCAUGUCUGGUGUGCCAUUUUGACCGACUUUCAUGAAACUCUCCACGCUGGCAUUCUCACCCCCCUUUACCCUUGUGCUGGAAAUUCUGAUCAGUCUGCCAUAUAUUUACGCCGUCUUUCUUCCCUGAGUCUUAUCAAGGUAUCCCUCUUGCCCCGUAAAAUCCAUCUGUUAUCUCCUUAUUCAAGUAUUUCACUUGACCCAUGUCACCCCAACUGUGCUAAUCAAGACGUUAUUUUCUACGCUGCGUCUGGGAGACUAACUCUAGGCCAAAGUUCCUAA